AAUACACAUGCUCCCUGCCUGGUGCGACAAGUACCACAACGGAGGUUCAUCCAUCCAUGGCCGAUCGUGUGUGCGAUCUAAAAGUGCGCAUAUGUUCUUUCAUAGCGGAGCAUGACCUGUCGUUCAAAGUCUCACAACCGCUGGUUAAUUUAAUGCAAUCAGCUGUCAAAGACAAGAGUGCACUUUCGAGAUUGUCUGUAUCUAAUGCACACGCCUCCUACUUGUGCACACAUGGCAUUGCUGUUCAUUGGAAAAACGAAUUAUCAACAAAGCUGAAAACGAAGAUGUUUUCUUUAAAUGUAGACGAGUCAACAGAUGGAAACAUGGACAGGAUUCUGAAUGUUCUUAUUCGAUACUUUGAUGAGGAUAUGGGUAAAGUGGCAACUCAGCAUAUGGCCUCAAGGAAAAUGAAUAUUGCAGAUGCCUUAACAAUCACACACACACUGACAGACAUUCUCCAGUCAUAUAGCCUGAACUGGAAUCAGGUUGUUGGUAUACUUUUGGAUAACUGCAAUGUAAUGAGAGGGAAAAAGUCUGGAGUAGAGACACUAAUCAGGAGAGAAAAUCCAUCACUCCUGGACAUCAGCGGAGACACUGUUCAUAUGGUCUCAAAUGCAGCCAAAGCCCUUUUAAAUCCUUUCCAGGGAUUUGUGGAACAAUUUUGCUCUGAUGUAUACUAUGACAUUGAAAAAUCACCAAAACAGAAAGAAGCUUUUUCUGAGUUUCAGUCCUUACUUCAUUUGGCGAAUAAGAGCCUAAUACGUCCCAUCAGCAGCAGGUUCCUGCAAAUGCUAGAUGUGUGCAACAGAAUACGGGAGCUUAUGGAUCCAUUGGUUGUGCACUUCUACAGCGUCCUGUCUCCUCAUGAUCAACACAAACACAGAUGGCUCCUAAACCAGCUUCUUGAUAAGCAUGCAGUUACAUCUGAUGAGAAAGCCAGAAUAAUUUUUCUGCAACAGCAAAUGGCAAAAUCUGCGAAGAUCGGAAGUGAUGUCAACAAAAAUCGGAAGAUGCGCAUCUGUAUGCCUUUUUCAGAGUUUGACAAGCUCACAACCCUGAUUGAUUUAUACCGAGGUGUACUUCCAACUUUCCAGGUGUUCCUGAAGAAGUUGCAGAAUGAAAAGCCCAUGAUCCAUGUGCUGCAUGCUGAAAUGGUGCUACUGGUUCGGGAACUUCUCUCAAAAUUUAUGAAGCCUGAAACUAUCCCCGUGAGUGCAAAGGGCUUGUUGAAGCUUAAUGUUCACAAGAGAGACCUGCAGUACACUGACAAAAGGUUGUCUGUGGGGAAGUUCAGCUUCUUUGCCUUAAACAAGGCUAGAGUGGAAAAGAAGCCCUGGGUGCAGAAGGUCUACAGCUCUCUCAGAGAAGGCUACAUAAAGGCAGCAACAUUCCUCCUGAAAAACCUUCCCCUCAACAACAACAUCAUCACCUCUUUAUCUGUGCUGACGCCAUCAUUGAUUCUCCACGAAUCAGUUCAAGGUGCAUUCAACACCUUGGCCAAGGCCUUGCCAAAUGCUGUGAAGUCUGAGGAGUUGGGUCAACUGGAUGAAGAGGUGCGAGCCUACCAGAUUGAUACAGAUCUAGGAGCACUGGCCAAAUGUUUUGAGGAGAACAUUGCACGAAUCGAUGUUGACUGGUGGAGUAAGAUCUUUGCCAUGAAGAUGCCAGGAGGAUGAAUGAGAUUCCCCAUCUUAGGGAAGUUGGUAAAGGCUCUUCUAUCAUUGUUCACUGGCCCUCUUGUCGAUGGAUCGUUUAACAUCAUGGACGACAUAAUUGAGAAAGACAGGGUUAGGCUAAACAUUGAGACUUAUGAAGGCUUAGCCAUUAUCAAGUCCCACAUGAAGGUAAUUGGCGAAACUGCCUCCAAAAUACAAAUUACCCCUGCAUUGAGGAGAUCGUGCCUGUCUUCUUAUGGGACAUACCAAAAUCAAUUGAAGAAAAAGAAGGAGAACCUUGACAAGCAAAAGGAAAGGAAACUGAGGGAAGCUGUGAAGGUCCUCUCAGCAGUUAGGGUUAAAAAAGUAAAGAAAGGUUCCACCUCUGCUGUUUGUGCUACAGCCUCCACCUCCUCCAUCCCUGGAGUUAAAUGCAAAACUGCUGCUACAGCC